AUGCCUGCUAUGUUGUCCCAUUGGUUCUUCUCUCACUCCAAAGUGUCAACAACACAUGUGCGGGUCCUGGUCCCUUUGUUGGUUCUCUGGUUUAUUUGGAAGAGCAGAAACUCAGCAAGAUUUGAAGCAGCUUCGGCCACUCCAGCCCAGGUGAUCUUCCGGAUCGAGGAGUUUUUGGAUCAUAUGGGUACGUCUCAUGCAUUCUCCAGGACCUCCUUUGCAGGUGAUCGGGACUGUCCAUGGGCAAGGUUUGGAGGCCCCUUUAGGCGGGAUAAAGAUGUUGCCCCCGUUGCUUGGAAAAAGCCACCACCGGGGUGGCUCAAGCUUAACACUGAUGCCAGUGUCCUUCACGGCAGGGCAUCUGGGGGAGGGGUCCUGCGUGACCACUGUGGGAAGGUGUGUUUCGCCUAUUAUAAGGAGUUCGGAGAGUUAGAUGUGUUGGAAGCGGAGGCGCAAUCACUCCUGCACGGUCUCCAGUUAUGUGCAGAUCGCGAAGUGGGGGCGUUGACGGUAGAGUCAAACUCAAAUGCUCUUGUUCAACUAGUUUGCUUGGAUAUGGGGUCCAAGUGGCCGGUGUGUAUCGUACUGCGGGAAAUCAAAUAUUUGGUCCAGCGGAUGGGUGCAUCCUUUCACCAUGUCUUUCGUGAGGCCAAUUCAGUGGCGGAUGUAUUGUCUUUUCUGCAAUUGGGAGCGCAGCGCGUCUACGUCGCAGACGCGGCCCUGCCUCUCAGGGGUCAGAGGAGAGGCUCUUCUGGAUCGUCACGGAGUACCUCGGCUUCGUGA